AAUUUCAGCAAAAAAACCUGAUGCCGAUCAAUGUCGUAUAGCCUGUGAAGAAAAUUCCUGUGUUGCUGUUAACAUCUUUCAACUUGGUGAAACAGAUUUUAUGUGCGAAAUUUUACAGACAUUUGAAGGAACCAGAUAUGCAACUGGUGCUGCCUGUUAUAGUUUAUACUAG